AUGGCCAAGCUGGAGAAGAUUCGAGAGAAACUCACAAAAUGUAUCACUUACAUUGGUGACAUGAACACCAUAACCACCAUCGUCUCUAUUCCAGGUGGUUUGGACGCCAACGGCCAUAUCCGGUUCGGACACCAACACCAACACACAUUCUACGCAGAGACGACUUUUCUCCUCUCUGUGGUGAAUCACUGUGUCAUCAACAUUGAUGAAGCCCUCACCCAGGCACAGAAGAUCAAGUCAGUGCAGUCAACACUCUUCGCUUCUCAAGUCCUUCAUUGGAUCACUGCCGCCAGUGCUCUUUCGACCUACAUAUGUGCUUUUCUGCUCAUCUACACCGACAACAACUACCACACAAAAAUCAUUAAGACGACUGACAAUGUGACCAACACAAGAAAUUGGACGUCACCUUUUUAG